CGGGGCAAAAAUGUUUCAAACAGCAGGUAAGCAAGUUCUACGGUGGCGAAGUUGGCGAAUUAUGACCCUCUGGCUUUCCAUAUAACAAUGAGCUACCAUGGCAACGGCAGCUUGCUAACGCUGUAUCAGUUUGCGGGGAAGCAGAGCUACUAAUUAGCCUGCUGGUAAAUGCAACUUCGGUAUGUUAAGUGAUUUGUUAACGCACCCUUUUUGUUAUGUAAUGAAUGGGGAGUCCUGCGCAGGUACCGAGGCGUGACUUUUGUCGACGUUUGGUCCACAAAUAAGAGCGCCAUGACAGUCCGGUUCAAGUGUCAGAGUGAAUACCAGAAGAGUUACAGGGUUCCCCGGUCCAGAAGUAUGUCUCCUCAGCACAGCGCCCCGUUAGCGGGCCUUCGCUCCGACCAGAUGGGUAAGAACCAGGAUGAAGGCAUAAGCAGAGAACCAGUUCUCCAGCGUCGGAGGAGGCUCGGCCCGCUCGGUGCUGCUCAGUCCUGCAGCUCUCUGCUCUGUCCUCCAGAUGUUCAGCAGCAGUCUGAGCUGGACACCCGACCUCGCAAGAAGUCGCCCUCUGCUGCUUCCAGGAGUCACUCAGCUCACAGGAAGGAGCCUCCACCUCCUGCAGCACCAGCCGAUUCUGAAUCUCCACCUGAACCUGCAACUCCAGCAGGGCCAAGACCUGCUGCAGACUCAGGGCCUCCAGAAAGACUAGAUCCUGGAUCGUCAGCAGUGGCUAAUGGGAAAUCUGUGAAGCCCCGCCCCUCACAGCCUGACAACCAACCACAGCCCAGCAGCCCUGAAGAGCAGCUGCCACCCUCAGUCAACAAGGUUGACAAGGUGCUGCAGUGGAGGGCAGGGCUUCGGCCUAGUGGUCACAGGUCAGGGAUCCAUAGGUCAGAGUACCACAAACAGUUUGGCUGGAAGAAUCCAUUACCUGCUGAAUCACCUCUACUGACAGCAGAACAGGUGCUCUACUCCAGCAACAGGUCAGUCCCUCCCUUUAAGACCAACCCCGUUUCCAUGGAAACAGAGUAUCGGCAGAGCUUCCAGGGUGUGAUCCCGACCACCAGGACUUGCCUUCGGAAACAUCUCGAGCACGAGAGAGUCCCACUGUUCCACACACAAACGACCAACAGGAGGAGGAAGGAGGAGGCACAGAAGAAGUCCUCUAAAGAGGAAAACCCUCGGAGAGAAGGCAACAGGUCACUGUUACACCUGAAGGCCACAUCCCCUCAUCCUCACAGGAUGUUGACAGAGUAUGAGUCCAGCUUUCGUUCUCCUCUCUGCAGGAACCCAGAUGGAGGCGAAAGCCCGGACCCCGUCUCCCUGCAGAUGAAGGAGUUGAAGCAGAAGGCCCAGUCGUACCGCCAUCGAGCCUGGGGAACCAACUUCUCAAGAGUCCAUCUUGGCCAGCUGACGUCCGAACACAACACCCUGUGGGAGCCGACCGACACCACUGACUCCCACAUCAGCCUCUCUACCCCACGUCUGACCUCCAGCCACUCCCCUGAGCCCAACAGCAGUUCCUGCGUGGAGGCGUUGGACCUGGCCAGUAACUCCAGUAAGAGGUCGUCAGUUGUUGGUGAUGGACAAACACAUCACACACACAAGAAGACACAAAGAAACCCAGAAACAAAGCAACGAUCAUCUCCAGGUCUCCUGGUUGAACGACGGACAGCGUGGGAAGAAGAAGAAAAUACAGAUGAAGAGCAGGGAAGAUUACCGACCCCCAGGCUGAAAACAAGACCGGUUCAGAGGACUCACCAUGACCUCACCACACCUGCCACAGGGGGCGCUUUACUCGUGGGAAAUCUGAAGCCUGCCGACGACUCUUCUCCACACAAACAGCAGAGAUGUGGGUCAGCUGUUUCCCUGGCAACAGGGGAUGACAUAGCCAUCAACAUGUCAACCAAACAUAAGGAGGCGUGGUCAGAGAAUUCCCCAACCCCCUCUAACCCCUCCCCUGACCACAAACCGACCUCCCUCCCUCCAUCUAAACCAAUCAGGAUGAAGCAUACGUCUCACCUGGCCCCACCCCCUCCACUCCCAUCCUCACUGCAUGGCAUCCAGGGAACUCUGAGGCACCCGGACUUUCAGCAUAACGGCGAGCUGGGUUUGAGGUUCAGGGAGCAGCCAUGUUCAGGAGGUGGCUGCGGCUCAGAUGAAGACGACCGGCUCUCCGUGAUGUCAUGGCGAUCGGCGGCCUCCUGCUCUGCGGCUUCUGCCAUCUUGGAACGUGCUCAGAAGAGACGGGAGAACUUCUGGGGGAAGAGAUGACAUCAAGACCACCACAUUUGUCAUCAUGGAAACGAUUGUGCUGCGUGUAUAGCUGAGCGUUUAGCCUGAAAAUCGUUGUGAAGUAAUUAGAUGCAUUUUUGUAGAUAAAUUGUGAGAUUUCUGUAUUUUUGUAGAAAAUGUUUUUAUCUUGUGAACUUGUGUUGGUGCAGAAUGAAAAAUAUAAAAAGAUAAAAACAUCAACUGCUUCAUCUUUAUGCCUUUUAAAUCUGAGUUGGUACCUUUGGUAAUUGUGCCCCAAAUAUUCAGUUAUCUGUUGCAUAAACGUCAGCUGGAGUCAAAGACACCAGAUCUGAUAACGAGUGUCAUCACAUGCCUUCUUUCACUUCUAAAAUGUGACAUUUUAGAAAAAACCCUUGACUACAUUUUCAAGUCCAUUAUGAGAUUUAUUCCAGAUGCAACUUUCUCUUAUUUUAAAAACGUCGGGUCUUUAUUUAACAUGACGGCGUUGGCUACAAAUUAGAAUACAUGUGAACGUUUUAUGUUGUUUAAACUUUGACUUACUGCUGCACAUGUCUCGCUAACAUUGUGACAACAUGAUUUC